CUCGAAGUCGCGGUCGCACCGGCGAAACGCGGAAGCGGCUCCUGCUGCCGCCGCUUCGCUUCCCGAAGCUGAAGGCGUAUUCUCGGCCGGCAGAGGGACCAUGUUACCGCUGCGUUUCAUCGCAGAUGCGUUGCCCGACUCCGUGGCCUCUGAUUUCCAGAAUCUAAAUAAAUUCAGUGAACAGCAAUUUGUAAGCCUGACUGACAUUCUCUUCCGCUUCCUUGUGGAACCCAAGGAGGCCGAGCGGUUUUUGCUGCAUCUGAGUGAGUUUGCGGCUGAAAAUGGGAUGAGCGCGGGUCCUCUGCGAAACCUGGUGAAGAACCUACUGCUUGUGCCCCAAGGUGCUCUGAAGAGGAAUGUCUCCGCUGAACAGCUGAAGGAAGAGCUCGUGUCUCUGGGACUGAAUGAAGACAAGGCCAUUCAUUUUUCCAACCAGUGGAAGGUCCACUACGCCGUGCUUUCCAGGCUUGCCGUCGGCCAGACGCUGAUGGUGAACCAACUGGUCGACAUGGAAUGGAAAUUCGGGGUCACCGUGGGAACCAGCGAGCUGGAGAAGGCGGGGAACAUCUUUCUGCAGCUGAAGCUGGUUAUCCGAAAGGGGAACUCGACGGAGAACGUCUACAUGGAGCUGACACUCCCCCAGUUUUACAACUUCCUGCAUGAGAUGGAGCGGGCCAAAGCCAGCAUAGACUGUUUCAGCUGAGCGACUUUGGGAGCCUUUACCACCCCCUCCCCCGAGUGAGGCGAGGCAGCUGCUAGAUCGGUGAGGCACGGACUAUGGCAGGCCCGGCAAAACCUUUGGGGGGGGGGCACCUUAAAUGCUAUUCCAGGUCCUCCGGAUCCAGCCUGGGCCCAGCGAAUCCAGGGUGAUCAUCACCCGUGUCCCACCACCCCCCCCAAGUCUCCUUUUUUGUUUCUCUUUAUAAAUCAUUCUGAAUUGUACAAUAAAAAAUAAAAUUUAAACUA